CCGGCAUUCCUGCAUUCGGUACUGUUUUGUCAGUAAUCUUUCCAACCAGUUCUCUCACGUGGGCAUGGGACGCAUCAAGCAUCAGGCCGCCCACAUCUUGUUUCUCAUCCUUCUGUAUCCACUGCACUGCUCAUUCUACACCUCCGGGAAAUCUCUCAAUUAUGUAUUUUCGGGAACCAAGUUAGCCGGCGUAUCAAGGUUCCAUUUUUUUUCCAACUGUGACCGCGAGUGGUACUUGCCGGCGCAGACGGCUUGGUCGAACAGCAGCAGCACCAAUAGAGUUCGCCCGCGACAUGGACGCUUCUCGUAUUUAUAAUUGGAUGUGUUUUUAUAACUCUACCA